CUGACAGCAGGUUGAUGUGGGUGGUUGGUUGGUCACUUUCUGUUCUGGAGUUCGUUUAUCGUCUAUCUCGGAUUCACCGCUCUGGAUUCGGACAUAUAAAAUAGUGAAUUUAUGAAGCCUUAGAAGGAAAAACGCCAAAAAGGACAUAAGAAAAUGACAGUGUCCGCAUUGAAACUUUGCCUUUGUUUGUUGACGCUUCUUGGGACAUCUGUCCACCCAGCAGCCUGCGCAUCGGUUCUAAACUACGAUGAAGAUGCUUUUACCAUUGAGCACUCCACCACGGGUAAAUGCAUAAAGACGGAGCCAAACAGAGAGUUCAGCCUUGCUUCCUGCAACUCCACCAACAGCUCCCAGCUAUGGAAGUGGGGUUCAGGUGACCGGCUCUUCCACAUGGGAACGUCUCUCUGCUUGGCACUGAACGUCACAUCGAAGAUGCUUUCCCUGGUUGACUGCGGCGCCGGCCUCCCUUUGUCAUGGCGCUGCCUUGGUGGAUCAGUGUUCACUGUAUAUCAAAUGGGAUUGACGGUCAGCAAAGAUAAAGUCGUAGUAAGAAGGGAUUCUAAUGAGACUUGGGUUAGAGGAGGAUCCCAAAACAACAUCUGCCAUGUUCCUUAUCGUGUUGUCCACACCACCAGAGGAAACUCUGCGGGGGCUCCAUGCGAGUUCCCCUUCAAGUACAACAAUGUUUGGCAUCAUGGAUGUAUUGCUGAUGCAGAGGUCGCCGGACUCUCCUGGUGUGCCACAUCCUCAGACUAUGACCAUGAGAAUAAGUGGGGGAACUGUCUAUUACCUGAGGAGGGUUGCCAGACCCUGUUCACCGGCCCACCCGGGGGGCCCUGCUACGAGUUUGUUUCCGGCGCCACGGUGACAUGGCAUGAAGCUUUGCAUUCAUGUCGCAGUCAGGGAGCUGAGCUUCUGAGUGUGUCGGAGAACGAUCUCAACUCCACAGCCUUUUUGGAAGGUCUUCUCCAAAUGCCUGAAAGGAUGUGGAUCGGCCUUCACCAGUUAGACACUUCUCAGGGAUGGCAAUGGUCAGACGGCUCCCCUCUUUAUGUCUUGCAGUGGGAAGAAAGAAUGCCAUUCACCUCCUUCCUUAUCGAGUCCGACUGCGGCGUCUUGAAUUCCAAACAGAAGUAUGAGUCAGAGUCAUGCAACAAACGGCUGCCCUACAUCUGCAAGAAGACGGUGAACGCCUCCCUGCCUGCAUCCACAGAUCCUUUUGUAUAUAAGGAAACAGUGUGUGAAGAGGGCUGGUUGCCAUGGAACGGCUGGUGUUAUAAGUUAAUAAACGACAUCAAUGAACAGAAAAACUUUGUAGAAGCUGGAGAGUACUGUAAAACCACCGAGGGAGGAGCACAGCUGGCUAGUUUUCAUUCUUUUGACAACAUCGAGAUGAUCAGCACAUAUUUCCCUACAGAUGGGACCUUUGCUGGUGCGUGGAUUGGUCUAAUUGGUAAUGGAAUAAACAGCACCAUCUUUAAAUGGACCAACCAGGAGCCCGUCGACUUCACCUACUGGGACCUAAACCAGCCCGUCCCGUAUGAUUCAGGUCCUAUCUGUGUCUUCUACUCUGACAAGACUCAUGGUUGGCGGGUGGGGGACUGCUCAAAAAAGGCAUCUUUCAUGUGCCAGAAGAAGGGAGAGUUAAAUGAGUCUGAAUCACAGCCUGGGUGCAAUUAUACGGCCGGUUGGAGGAGACACGGCAACUCCUGCUAUCUAGUGAAGACCGAACAAGUGCCCUUCAAAGACCACUGUAACGGCACUAUAAGAAACAGGUUUGAGCAAGCCUUUAUCAACCGUCUGCUGGCAGAGCAAAUCAGCAAAGACCCUCAGUAUUUCUGGAUAGGCCUUCAGGACAUCAAGAACACAGGGGAGUACCAGUGGAUGAACCCAAAUGAAUCCCCGGGCGUGGUCCCAUAUACCAACUGGGGUUGGUUUCAACCUGAACGGGACGGAGGUUGUGUUGUGAUUUCAACAGCAAAACCUCUGGGCAAAUGGGAGGUAAAGAACUGUACUCUUUUCAAAGCCGGGACCAUAUGUAGAAUAGACUUAAAGCCACCUCCGCCACCAGAACCAGAACCAAACCCUAAUGCAACCUGUGCAAAUGGAUGGAUGUCUGGCCCAGAAAGUAAAUACUGCUACAAGGUGUUUAAUGGGGAGCGAAUUGGCAGGAAACGCUCUUGGGAGGAAGCCAGGAGGUUCUGUCUGGCUUUGGGAGCCAACCUUCCCAGUUUCACCAACCUAAAGGAGAUGACAGCCCUGCACGGCAUUUUGAGAAAUUCAAUCAGUGAUGACCGGUACUUCUGGGUCGGCCUUAACAGGAGAAAUCCAUCCGAUCCGUCCUGGGAGUGGAGCGAUGGCCGACCAGUAUCCUUUGAUGUUUUACAUCAUGAGUUCCAUCAGGAUGAUGCAUAUAACAGAGACUGCACUGCUUUCAAGUCAAUGAAGAGAACCUUCUCACACCUGCUGCUCUUCUUUCAUGACAUAAAUACCACUCCAUUUUUCGCCACGCCGUUCCACUGUGACGCACGGUUGGAGUGGGUCUGCCAGAUUCCCCGUGGAAUUGAACCAAAGAAUCCUGAGUGGUACAAUCCUGAUGGGCAUCAUGAGACCUCUGUCUUUAUGGAUGGAGCUGAGUUCUGGUUUGUAACGAAGCCCAAACUAACUUUUGAUGAAGCUGAAUUGUACUGCAAUGUGAAUGGCAGCAAACUGGCUUCCCCAACCAGUCUGAGUGCAGCUUCAACCAUCCUGCAAAAGAUGGAAGAAGUUGCAGAGUCGAGAGAUCAACACUGGUGGGUUGAUAUGAAAAACCAAGGGCGGCUGUUCCCCCAGACGUACACCCAGAUGUAUUUUUACCGUUCCUAUUUUUUGGGCCGAUGCACUUACAUCACUCCUCAAAGUCCCUUUCCAGCCCAUGAUCAAAGCUGCCAGCAGAAAAAUCCUUUUGUGUGUGAAAAGUAUAACGUUACAUCAGUGGAGAAAGAUCCUGGGAAGCCCGGUACUGAAGGAUAUCCCUGUGGAAAUGAAUCAUUCGCUUUCAGGAAUAAGUGCUACCUGCUGAUGAAUGCCAGCUCUGUAACGUUCAAACACGCCAAUGAAGACUGCAAGUCUUUGAGGGGAUCCCUGGUGACUAUAUCAGAUCAGGUGGAACAAGACUUCAUCAACACCCUCUUGCCAAAGUUGGCACCUAUGGAAAGAAUAUGGAUUGGUCUGAAAACCAAGCAGAGCUACUCAGAAUGGGUGGACAAUAGCCCACUUACCUAUAUUAAUUUCAACCCCCUGCUGCUGGGCAUGCACAGGGUUGUCAAACUCAAUAGAUUUGAUCCAGAGAGCGCAGUCAUUUGUGCUUUCCUGAUCAAUAAUCCCAGCUCUGAUAUGCUGGGAAGUUGGGAUUACGCUCCGUGCUCUCAUAGUCAAAGUCUCGGCCUUUGUCAACAUUAUGCAAAAACAGCUGAGGUGCCUGUUAUCUCGGAGAAACCCUUCCAGAUUAAAAACUACACCUUCCUAUUGGUCGUCCAAAAUAUUACCUGGUUUGAAGCUUUGGAGUACUGUAAGAGUAAAGACAUGUAUCCAGCAAGUAUUGCCGACGCCUUCAUACAGUCCCACCUCAGUGUGAAGGUGCACCGUGCUGGAACCCCCAUGUGGAUAGGUCUUUUUAGCGAAGACGCUGGACUGCACUACAGAUGGACCGACCACAGCCACACUGUGUUCAGUCGAUGGUUCCCAGACCCUACCAGUGGAGGGUGUGUGUACCUAGACACAGACGGCUUCUGGAAAGCCACAGAGUGUGAGGAGAAUCUUGGAGGUGCCAUCUGCUACAAACCACACAAUGAGGUCAUCCCCACGCCGGAACAAGCUGCUGCAAAGUGCCCUCAUAGCAUUAACGGACCCAACUGGGUUCCCUCGGGUAAAAACUGUUACACCUUUCAGCUGGCCCCCACCAGAUGGGAUGCUUUCCGCAUGGGAAAGGUGGAGGAUACCUGCAAAAAGCUCCAUGCAAAUGCUUCCCUCCUUACCAUCAGAAACGAGCUGGAGAACCGGUUCAUCGCAAACCAGCUCAAACCCUAUGAAAACUUAGUCCAGUUUGUUUGGCUGGCAAUGUUCAAUAAGGAUAACCAGACCAUGUGGUACGAUGGUACAAAUGUCCAGUAUUCCAACUGGACAAAAGGCCGUCCCAAUUUAAACAGUACCUUUAUGGCCGGUCUCACCACCAGCGGCUCCUGGAUUCUUCUCAAAGAUAGAAGCUUGCAUGAAAGUUUCAGACAAAGGUCAAUUGUUGUCUGCAAGCUGGACAAUGAGCCCAAAAAGGAUUACAAGCUUUCGACCAAGGAUCUGAGAGCCUAUAAAACAUUGUCCCAUGAGGUUGUCCCCAAACAGUUAACCUGGUAUCAGGCGCUGGAAGAGUGCAGUCGGCUUGGUGGUCACCUGGCAAGUGUUCAUGAUAAAGACCACAUGGAACAUCUGAAACUUAUUGCAAAAACAGACGGCUUCCCGCUAUGGGUAGGCCUGUCGAACCAGGAUGUCAUUGGCUCAGCCUAUGAGUGGUCUGAUGGGACGAAGUUUCAGAACAUUUUAAAACUGACUGAAUCAAAGACAUACUUCAGCUCAAACCAGACUAACUGUGUGAUCAUAAACCCCAGCGGUGACUGGGUGAAAACCAGCUGUGUUAGCUUACAAGAUGGUGCCAUCUGCUACACCACCAACAUCACAACGCCUUACCAAAGAGCCAAGCUAACUACCUUAGAGACCAAUCACUGCCCUCAGAGCAACGGCUCGUCUAAAUGGGUUCAGCACCAGGAUCACUGUUAUUUAUUCGAUGGGAGCUUCUAUAACUUCAGCGUUUACAACAUAGAACAGGCAAAGAGCAUCUGUCAGAAGUUGGACGCCAACCUUCUGACAAUCAAAAGCAAAGAAGAAAACGACUUUCUGAACCAGCACCUCACUGAGAACCCUCUCAUCACCAGUCGAGUUUGGCUUGACGUCAGACUUGAUUUCCUUGGUAACCUUGUGUCCUGGCAGGACAGCUCGACUCCGUCUUACAACAACCUGAAGGCCACAGGGGGGCGGUCGGGAUCAGCAUGUAUUGUCAUGAUGGCAGGAGAUGAUGGAGACUGGAAACCGGCCAGCUGUUAUUCCACAAAAAGCCGUGUUGUCUGCAAAACUGCAGCAAAGUCUGCAGGCUCACCAGUGGCACUGGGUUUUUUCAUCAUAGUCAUCCUUGCUCUCAUCUUAGCAGUCGGCUUUUACAUCUACAAGAAGAAACGCUCGUUGUUGUCGACGACGGUCCGCUACGAGAGGACCUUCAAUGACACAGACACCACCAGUAUAAUAACAGACCCUGAAUGAGCUUGUUGUAGUGAUCCGCCUCAGGGAUGACUGACGUGCCUGCAUCUACGCUCUACUACUCCAAAAAAAUGAAUCCGGCCUUCCUAGUUUUUUUUUUUUUUUUUGCUUUUAUUUAUUUUUCUUGUUCUUGCCUUAAAAAAAGUAACAAAAAAAACUCUUAAGAUCUCUAAAUAUUCUGUGUUUAAUUUGGUCAGAGAGGUGAUAUAAAGGUUAAGGGAUGAUGUAAUAAUUAACUAUUGGUGUUUACAAUGAGUGACUCAUCUGUAGUUUGCCUCUCAGUUCAACUAUAGGGACAAAUAUAUCUACCUUUUUCAUUAAUGCACCCCCUCCUUUGCCAUCAGUGUCCAGUAUUUUGCAAACAGUGCUGCAUACAGCGCACAAACUAAUCAGGUAAGCAAAAAAUGAAGUAAUAUCAUUCCCAUCACCGUAGUAUGCAUCAAAUGGUUUGAAUUUUCGUCGAGCCAUUUUGCAGAAAAGAAAAGCCCAGCCAUUUUUAAUAGGCUUUGUUUCUCCCCUGUUUGCUGUUUCAAUUAGUAAAGCUUCUGAGCGGAUUUGAAGAAACAAAAACGUCUCGGUCUUAAUGGCUGGAAAUGCACUGACUAACGACUUACUUCCAAGUAGGAGAAACCAAACCUGUUGUUGUUUUUGUUUAUAACUGAGAAUAUUCAAACUAAUGUUAACUUUCAGUCGCAAAUUUUGAACAUCUGUUUAUUUUCUUUAACCCGAAGUGUUUUAUAGAGGAGUAGCUUCAUUCUAUGUGGUUAGAAUGAGGAAGCUGCAAGCUGUGGAUUUUAUCUUAAAAGGUUUUUGAAUUGAAUUGGCUUCGUUUUUAUAAGUUAAAUACUAAGUGAUCUCAAACUAAGCAGUUGAACUGUACCUAUAAACACUUAAACAUCUUUGACAAAAAAAUUUGUGCCUUCCAGCCUCAUCAAUGCCCUAGAUCUAACUAAUGUAGAUGCUGCGCUACUGUAGUAGUUGUGUCAGUAUAUAAUUUCUGCUGAUUAAGAUCACUGCCUUAGUCUGAGAAUCAACAACUGUCCGUUUAUUUUCUGCAGCUCUCUUAUCUAUGCACAUUACUACUGAUCAGGAACGCACUUUAAUAUGCUGAUGGGGAACAGUUCCAGUUUAAUGCUAAAGCACAAGGUUUGGGGGAGAUCCACAGUUAUUCAGAUUGCACUGUUUGCUGUAAAUGCUUUGUAAAUAUUGUUUUUUUUUAAUAUAUGAACCAAAGAUGGCAUGUGAAUGUUAAAAGCUGUUAUUGAGCAGCUGCUUCAGUUUGGCUUGUUAACCAACUGAUAUCGAAAUGCAAACUUUUGAUUUUUACCAAUAGAAAACAUCACUUUGUGUCAGGUACAGUGAUCUUUGAAUAAAAUCAUUUUACAUGUUACCCACUGGUGCUG